GAGGCGCUAAACAUUCCAGGACUAGCCCUUGGCCUAUUUUGGCGGAAGAGGAGGAAUUAAAAUAAUAAAAAAAAGGCGAAGAAAAAAUAAAAGUGAAAGAAAAGAAAAAACCCGACUUACCCAGGUUGGAAGGGUCCCUGCGGUCAAGCCCGCAAUUCUUCGCCGCCUUUUUUCAACUUGCCCUCGCUGCAGGCCAAUUUUUUUUCUCCACCGCAAUCACUUUCAGGACAGGUCCAAGUCCCCUUUCUAGAGGUUUGAGGACCUAUCAUAUAUACCUUGGAAAGAUUUGGCAACCUCCCAGUGGUACAACAACAUCAAAUAUUCGGUAUUUCAGCUCCGUCACGGCGUACUACCCGACUUAAUCUCUCGGCUUCCUGCAUUUUACUGCACAGCCAAUCCUGCCUAACUUUUUCAGCCAACCAGCCAUAACUAUCCGUUGUCCCAUCGACCGACACUACCUAUCUUUUCUGCCGAACACCUUCGCUUUCUGAGAGACACUGCGACUUUGACGAAGACGCUUUGUCUCUUCCCUCGUCUCUUGUCUCUUCAGAGACUAAGGAGAAGUCGCCAGUUCGAGUUCGGACAUCGCCGACAUCAUCUAGGCGUUUUUCGCCUAUCUAUAUACGCGUAAUAAAGGGAGCUGCAGCCUGCUGGCUCCCAUCAGCAGCUGCCUCAGCCCUCAAUAUUGUUGUGGCAACCAUGAAUCAACAACACGAUAUGUAUUACGAUUAUCCGAACACGGCAAACCGGUCGCCGGGGUCGACAAGACAAGGUUAUGCUACCGUUGGUCUACCCUCCGGUCUUGGUAAUCGGUCGGGACAGAGGCCGCUCGAGUCUCUUAAUCAGCAUAUGGGAUCCCCUUCCUUAUACGGACAUGACGAUCGAAUCGGUGGCGGUGCAGGAUAUGAAUCGCUGUCUAGAUUCGACCGCGUCGCACCUAGUGGUAUGCAAUCUGGUUACAUGUUGGAGAACAGUCAGACGUGGGGAUAUAAUGGCGGAGUAGCUACUAUGAACGGCCCCAUGAAUGGUAACGGUAGGUUAGCGGUGAGGGCUGUAAAUCGCCGAGCCGCUCUACCUACGAAUUGGACUGAUCAAUCAGGCUUGGGCGUCCAUUCUAUGCCUCAACUAUAUGACCCGAAUAUGUCGAUGAAUGGGAAUGAUCAUGAUCUAUCUAGCAUGGCCGGUUCUGCUGCUGAUGCUCGGGGAAUGAUGGCUACUCCUGGAGCGUCCGAUUCCGAGCAGCUUAUUCCUACAGCUAUCGUUAUCAAGAAUAUCCAGUUCCAGUGUCGUAAGGAGAUCCUUCAAGGCCUUAUGGCUUCGAUGAAUCUCCCUCAACCGUAUGCGUUUAACUACCACUUCGAUAAGGGUGUUUUCCGAGGACUUGCUUUCGCCAACUUCUCAACUGCCGAGGACACUGCCGUUGUAAUUCAGAAGAUGAAUGGGUUGGAGGUUAUGGGUAGGAAGUUGCGCGUUGAAUACAAGAAGAUGCUUCCGCAAGAUGAGCGCGACCGGAUCGAUCGGGAGAAGCGUGAAAAGCGAGGUCAACUUGAGGAACAACACAGAGCGCCGCUUCCUAUGCACCAACAAAGCGCGCUUCAGGCUCUUGGUGUGAGCGUUAACAAGCAACCAAGUAAUUCUCCUUUACGAGAUGUUGACCUAAAUGACCCAACUACACUUGAGUUUUAUACGCAGCUUACUCUCUUCAAGAGCGAUCCGUCCCGCGAAGUCCAUAUCUUCUCCCCCGACGUUACCCCCGAGCAGCGACGGCAGAUACAUAUCCUUGCCCAUAAUAUGGGCUUGGAGCACAGAUCCGUUGGCGAAGCUGAUCGAAGGCAGAUCCAGAUCAUGAAGCGACCGCAGAACUCGCCCCCCGUCCAUGCCCAGAGCCAGCUCCCUAACGUCUCUUGGGAAGACCACCGACGUGGCCUAAGUCGUGCUGCUACGUACGACUUCACUGAGUCCCGCAUUGGAUCUAGCGCCUACCACGCUCUUGGUAGACAGGGCCCAACGUUGGAGCUCCCUGGUAGCCCAGACACCGGCAUACCGAAUAACCUUAGGGCUGCUAAGAGCUUCGCGGAUCUGCGCACGCAUAGCCCGAGCCCUGCGCCGUCCGGUUCGAGCUAUGCUGGCCUUGGAAAUGGCCUCGGGGCCCGCUAUGGUGACUUUUCCCAAACCUCGUUGACCACGCCGCCCAAUUUAACCCCGACAUCAGGUCAGAAUGCGGCUUCGAGUACCGACGCCUUAUUGGCGAAUAACAUGAGCUCUAUAAGUCUAGGAUUUGACUCGAGCGCUUCGCACAUACGUGCCAGGGAGACGCCUGGGGCUAUCGGAAGUCAAAGGCCUGGAGCGAAUGGAACAGGUAACCGCAAUGCUCCCGAUAGACAACCUCGAGGUCCGGAAUGGGGAGAGGCUGGUCAAGGUUUCGGUGGACGUACCCGUGGUCAUAUGCAAAGAGGUAGCGAUUCGUCAGAUGCAGGACGUAGCGCUGGCACUGCUCGUUACCAUUGAUACAACUGUUUCUAUAAAAUACGACAUGAAGGACAUGGGAAGCAACGAUAAGCCGUGAGCCGCAUGGACCUAGACGCUUCUCGAAUGAUUUUCCAAUUCCUUCUAGCUUUGCUUUACUGCUCAUCGCUAUGGCAUAGGCUUCAAUUCUUGGGAUUGGCAAAAAAGGCACGACGGUCACGACGUUUUGAAACCUCGGCUUCUUUUGCAUCACCCCAUCGACCAAUCCGCCUCCACGACGAGCGUUGGAUCUCCGUCAUCACAAGUACAACACAACGAGA